UUGAAGCCAUAAAAACCCUUCCAUUUUUUGAAGGACGUCUAUCAGACCGGCCAGUCUUGAAUUCCCAUGACAGCAAGGAUGAAGAGAGGCGUUUCAAAACGGAGAAGGAUACAAAGCUCUCAGCUUUAACUGGGCAGAAAAUCCGCGUGAUUAGGAAAGUGGGCAUGACAGGUGAGAAAAUUGAAAGGUGCGACAGAGUUCUAUUGCAAAAUUCUAUUUAUGAAUACUCUGAGUGGACCCUUUAAUUUGAUUUUUGUAUACGCCACCGCGUGACAACAAUCUGCCUACCCGCAAGGCAUAAAACGAAAUGCCCAAAGCUUCAUAUUCAUCCUCAUUUUGUGUUUGAUCCCACUCUGAAUUCUCCAUUUUUCUGAAAUUCGAAGUUUUAGGAGAGCGAGAGACAAUUGCAAGCUAUGGCGGGGCAGCAAGUAGAUGGCAACAAUUUGGCAGCCGCAGCGUUUGCGAAAGCAGGCAUCGACCACAUGUUUGGAGUGGUGGGCAUCCCUGUCACAUCGUUCGCCAACAGCGCGGUGAAAGCAGGCAUCCGCUUCAUUGCUUGCCACAAUGAGCAAUCGGCAGGCUACGCAGCGAGCGCCUACGGCUAUCUCACGGGCAAGCCCGGCAUCCUGCUCACUGUCUCUGGUCCAGGUUGUGUCCAUGGCCUCGCCGGUCUCAGCAAUGCCAUGAUCAACACAUGGCCAAUGGUCAUGGUCUCUGGUUCCUGCGACCAGGCUGAUUUCGGCAAGGGCGACUUCCAGGAGCUCGACCAGCUUAAUGCCGUCCAGCCCUUUGUUAAAUUCUCAGGAAAGGCCGCAAAAGCCUCGCAGAUUCCCUUCCUUGUUUCUCAAGCGCUUAAUGUUGCUGCCCAGGGCAGGCCUGGUGGGUGUUACAUAGAUUUGCCCGCGGAUGUUCUGCAUGAGUAUAUAGAUAAAUUGGAGGCAGAUAGGCUUUUGGCUGAGGUUUGCCCCUUUCAGCCGAUUUGGGCUCUGCCUAAAUUGGCUGCGGCCGAGUUCUAUGCUCCGGAACAGGAUAUCCAGACUGCUGUUUCGAUGCUCCGGCAGGCGCAGAGGCCGUUGAUUGUUGUGGGCAAGGGUGCUGCUUAUGCAAGAGCCGAGGCUCCUUUGGGAGACCUGGUUAGGCUUACUGGGAUCCCCUUCCUCCCCACUCCAAUGGGCAAGGGGCUUUUGUCUGAUACGCACGAGCUCUCUGCUACUGCAGCUAGGUCUCUGGCAAUUGGGCAGUGUGACGUGGCAUUGGUUGUGGGUGCUAGGCUUAAUUGGAUGCUCCAUUUUGGGGAGAACCCCAGAUGGGCUGCUGAUGUUAAGUUUAUUCUAGUGGAUGUUUCAAAGGAUGAAAUUGAGCUCAGGAAGCCCACUUUAGGGCUUGUUGGUGAUGCUAGGCUUGUUUUGCAGCAGAUUAAUAGGGAUAUCAAGGAUGAACCAUUUUGUCUCGGGAGAAACCAUCCCUGGGUUGAGAGGAUUGUUAACAAGGCUAGUGAAAAUGUGAAGAAAAUGAGUGCUUUCCUAGCAAAAGAUGUAGUGCCCUUCAAUUUUCAGACUCCCAUGAGGAUCAUCAGAGAUGCCCUGCUGGCCCAGGGAUCCCCUGCUCCCGUAGUGGUGUCCGAAGGGGCUAAUACUAUGGAUGUGGGACGGUCGGUGCUCGUUCAGACAGAGCCUAGGACUAGAUUAGAUGCUGGGACAUGGGGAACCAUGGGAGUUGGUUUGGGGUAUUGCAUAGCUGCAGCAAUGGCUUAUCCAGAAAGGCUUAUUGUGGCUGUCGAGGGAGACUCUGGCUUUGGCUUUAGCGGACUUGAAGUUGAGACAUUAGUGAGAUACAAAUUGCCUGUCGUUGUCAUCAUUUUCAAUAAUGGUGGUGUCUAUGGUGGAGAUAGAAGAAAUGCAGAAGAUAUUGAAGGGCCAUACAAGGAUGAUCCCGCACCAACUUCAUUUGUUCCAGGAGCAGCAUACCAUACUGUGAUGGAAGCUUUUGGCGGAAAAGGUUAUCUAGUUGGCACUCCUCAUGAGCUUCAAUCUGCUCUAGAUGAAGCUUUCACAAAAAGAAACCCAGCUGUCAUAAAUGUUACCAUAGAUCCUUAUGCAGGUGCCGAAAGUGGAAGGAUGCAACACAAAAACUGAACAGAUGAUGAAUCCUGAGGGAAAAACUAUGCUUUCUCAGAACUGGCGUUUCUUAACACUCCAUGGAGAACUACUUGUCGUCAGAGUCAUGAAAUUUACAUUUCAAAUUUGGUCUGUAUAUGGCUUGUUUUUAAGCUCAAAAAAAGAUUCCUGCUUCAGCACAUUAUGUGAUUCCUUGGCAGAAUGCCUCUGUUUGUUGGGAACAUACUUUUUUCUUCAAAUGCAUCCUUUAUUCAUUGCUGCAGCAAACAAUGUCUUCUAUGCAGUCUAAAUUAGCUUUACUACUAAAUAAUGCAUUUUGUGCAACAGGAUAUACAAGUUAUUUCCCCUUAAAAUUGAUGUGCCGUCUCCUUGAAUCA